AUGUCCGGCGGCCGCAGGAGGGGCAGCGCCCCCUGGCACAGCUUCUCUCGGUUCUUCGCUCCGCGGAACCCUUCCCGGGACAAGGAAGAGGAAGAGGAGGAGAAGCCGGGGGCCGGCCAGCCGACCGGCGCGAGCCGGGGCGCCGCCAGUGUUGAAAAUGAGCCCGUGAGCACACAUCAGAAAAAGGGAAAUGCGCUUUCAUCAGAAGCAAUAAAGAUUCCCCAAGGUGAGGACAGAGGGAACCAUGCCGAACAGCCUGCCAUUCUUCCAAUGCUGGACGAUCCCCCGAAGCCAAAUGACCUUUCUAAUUCCACGUCCGAUGCCAAAACAGGAGAGAGUGAGCGACAGCCAAAAGAAAGCUUUUUUCACUUUCUUGGGAACUUAUUCAAUAUCUCAGGAAAGUCGUCUCUUGGGGAAGUUAAGCAAUCUUCUUUCAAAGAUGACCAAGAUAAAUCUGAGAAAGGCCCCCAGGCUCCCAGUGGCCCUCCUGAGGAGGGGAUCCUCAGGGAGGAGGAGAAUGCCAGCCCCGUGAUGAUUCCAGUACUUCCUGUGGGCGAACCAGAGUCCAACUCCUCAGAACUGUCUGAUGCCUUUUCUUUGGAUACAACGCAAGACAGCGAACAGGAAACCACUGAUACACCAAAAAAAGACACUGUUGGUAAACCAGAGAAGCCUUCAGUAACAUAUGCCACAUAUCGAGGCCCCACACAAAUCAGGAAGUACUUGACGCAACAGAUUGUGCUGGAAACUGUGAAUCACUUAGACAGAGAAGACGAAAGCUCUGACUCAAGUACACACGCACACACUGGCUCUGGAAGUAUAAUGGACACUGUGAUGGCCCCCUUGUCCUCAGCCAGCAGAGAGGUAGCUCCAAAAGGAUGUUUGCCCGGAGGUUCCUCAGAAGUCUCUGGCUGCGGCCAAGUAAGUCUCAACAUAGAAAGCCAUCUGGAAAAUAACCCAGAAUUGCAGAAGAUUGCUUCAUCUAAGACUAUUUUAGAUAAAAAUAGCCAUGGAGGUUCUGGGAGAAGUUGGGCCUCCCCUUCUUCCGUGUCUAACCCCAGCUCUGUUGUUGGGGGAUCUGACUCACAAACUACUGAGAGUAGUUUGGUCUGUCCAUCGUCGUUUAUAGGAAGUCAAAGCAGCCAGGUCCCCUGUCCAGAAUUUCAGAGAAAAACUGCAACAGAAAAGACAUUGAGAGAAAACAGCCCCACGAUGAGUGAUGGGAUGUCAGUGCCAAGAGAGGAACAUGUUGAGCCUCGGAGACCUGCUGUUUCUGAUUUCCCUUGUAGUAAAUCUGAUGGGAGUGACAUUACCAAAGUGGAAAGUACAAAUUUGUCAAGUCCAAGUCAAUCAAUUAGGCAUGAAGAUGUGCGGUUGCCAGAGAGUAACUGUUGUGACAAGCCAGCUGCAGAGAGCCCAUCCAGGCGGAAUGUCAAUCACGCCAGCGUUACUGCUCUCCAGGGACAUGCCGAGACAGGCUCAGAACUUGUUAGCGAAGGAAAGGAGUUACCUGCCCGAGACUCGCAGAAAAAUGUGAUUUCAGAAAUCACGCAAGAAACAGAAGGUGCCUCGGGGGGUGAGCCCACCACUCUAAGUCAUACAAGAGCUCCAGAAGACAGAAUUGAGUCCUUACCCAAAGAUACCGAGCCACUGUAUGAAACAGAAACCAAAAGGCUUGGUUUGGUGCUACAUGUCAAAGCUCACAGUUUGGGAAAAAAUCAAGAGGACCCUGGUUGUGUGAAGUACAUGAAUGACUCUGUAGCAUGCGUAGAAAGUGAGAUAACACCUGAACUGAAUCCUGUUUCCGAAUCUACUUUUCACAUAGACAAUCCACAAAAAGCCAAAAUGUUCCCUGAUGCUGAGACACCUCUUAACCUUGACUGUAAAACUUGUGAUUCCAGUGCCUCACCUCCUCCUGCCUUUGCUUCUGGAGUCGACAUGCUCUGCAGGUCGGGUUUCCCUGGUUUAAAGAGGGAGCCAUCUCUGUCCAGUGAAACUGGACAGGGCAACAUUUUCUCUCAUCCUCGUGAGUGUCACGCUGUGGGAAAUCAUUCUGAGGCUGCAGACGGGGCGAAUCCUGCCCUUCACCUUGGACAUGCAUCUGUGAUUGUUGAGUCCAAGGAAACCCUUCCUGAUAGUGAAAAAUGCAAGUUUCCUUUUGGUCCUAAAACCACUGGCGCUCAUUUAGCUGGGGUGGAUCUGUUGGACUUUGAGCAUGGAGGUGUCUCAGAGGACCACAAUUCUGUCUUAUCUCAUAGUCCUAAGAAUGCAGAGUUAAUGUCCUCAAACACUAAAGUGGGUAGCCCUGCAGAGAAGUCUGAUUAUCUUUCCUUGGAAAUCCAAACUGCUAAAAUGCUGCUCCAAGUGGAGGAGGAUGCUCAGAGCAGCCUCCCUGCUGCAUCGCGUUCUAGAAAAGGAAAAGCCUUGUCCAAGCUUUCUGUUUCUCAAGCAGAACCCAGAGACAUUUCUCAGGAGGAACUUUAUUUUUCUCAGUUAAGAGUUGCAGGUGAGCUAGCUGAGACUGUUUUAUCAGAAUUAAAUUCUCUAGAGAUUGAAAAGGACAGAAAUGGUCAAUCAGUGCAUCACAAAAAGAUUAAAGAGAUGUGUUUAGGUGGUGGCUUUAAAGAGAAUCAGCAGGCUGGGAUUUCUCCUUCCUCUCAACGUCACAGUGUACAAGAAACAGAGAAAGACACCCUAGACAACCCUGCUUCUCUGCUCAAAGGCAAUCAGCCUGGGAUUGUACCUCUUGGUCCAGAGGAGGAAUCCACGAGGCCCAUAGCACAGAAUUGUAAAGCUAACAUGUGCAUAUUCAGUCCAUCUUUAGCUAUUUGUAUGUCUGAAAAGAGUUCUAGUCUCUCUAAAAUGGAAGAUCUGAGUUCAGAUAAUAUUUCUCCAAAGUUCCAAGAAACCGACAACACACAAGGAUAUUCAUCUUUUCUGGGUUCUGAUGCCUAUUUGGAGAAAAACGUGUUUACACCUGAGGACCCUAGCUCACUCCAUGUGCCCUCUCUGCUGAGAUCAGAAGGGGAAGCCUCAUGUCACAGAGAAAACUCUCCUCUCCUGAGUGCUGGGACUGCGUCUUCCUCCUCUUGCCACUCAAAAGGAGAUAGCACGGCGGUCAACUCGCAUGAUCCCCCAAGUCAUUUUGAUUAUUUACAAGUUACUGUAAACAUCACACGUGAAGGUGCUUCUGUUACUGACCGGCUGGACCAUAGCAGCUCUUAUCUGGAAUUAGAGACGCGCAGCCCAAAAGGGGCAGAAGUGAUGCCCUGUCAGGGAUAUUUGGGGACUCAGACCAGGGAGGUACCUCUUGAUUUCCCAACCGCUGCCUCCUUUGGCAGCCCCGUGAAGGCGGUGACAGGAACAGUUGCUGGGGCGCCAGUGUCAGUUAACAGCUCAUUCCUGCCGUGUUCUGAAGCAUCUGCUGACCAGACAGAAGCAAGGAGAAGAGCACAUGACCAACUUUUACUCAAAAGUGGUUUACUCUCAAAAGCUGAUACGUUGAUUGAGGAGAUUUUCAGUUCUGCCAGGGAAGAACUGAAAUCCAGACAUACGGUGGGUACCGGCCAGGGGCAUCCAGCUCAAGAUGAUGUCAUGAAUCCAGGGACUGUGAAAGGAGAGAUCCCAUCAGAAGUGGCAUUAACAGGAAUCCAACCAAAAGAGUGUUUGGAAGAGAGCAGUGUGGGAAAUAUGUCAGAAGUCGAAGAAGAAGACAAGGACAGUGUUUCACCUGCAGUUGGUGAGACAAGUCUCCUUUUUGAUUUUGAUAGUGUGAAUAUAUCUUAUUUGUUAGAAGAACAGAGCAGUGAAUUAGUCAAUGAGGUUAUUUCUGCAGCCCAAGAAAAUUUGACAAGUGAUGAUUUCAGUGAUCCUGAAAAUACCUGGGCUUCUGAACCUCAGGCUAAUACUUCAAGGAUUCUGAACAGUGGUGGUGUUAAACCACGUGAUAUAGUUAGGGAGUUCUUGGUAUCAGAACAGGCAGUAAAUCAAAGCACAUGUGAAAUUAGUGAAAAUAAAGUAUCAGGUAAAUUCUCCUCCAUAGGUAACUUGGUUAGUGGCACCGAGUCAAUUAAAGGAGAGAUUGUUCCCUGUCAACAGUCCCCAGGUUUGGUAAGUGGAGCUGGACAGUCUGAUAUUAUAAAUUUGCAGGAAUCAGAGACUAUUUUACAAGCUGAAGACAUCUUCCAUACAAGGUUAGAUGACAGAGUGUGGCCACAUGUAUUUGUCAGUGAGGACUGUAAAAAGGCAACAGAAACAGAGUGUGUGGAUAAUCACAAAAUGGCAACAGACGAUACUAGAACUCUUGUAUUAAAUUUAAACUUGUCUCCGUUUGCAAAUGAUGAUGUCCACGUGCCUGGCACCUCCAAAAGCAGUCUGUCUGACAGCCUUGUAUGCAUAUCUGAAAAAAGUUUGCCAGGACAUAGUAAAAGCACACCCCUUGCAAUGUCAGAGUUAGGGAAAGCACACAAAAAGGAUAACGAAGUAAAUGUAGGGAAACUCACGCUUAUACCUUCUAUGUUAGAGAUGGGAAAACUAAGUAAAAGGGAUGCUGAACUGAAUAUUAGGAAACAUGAAGCAGCCCCUCUUAUGUCACAUAAAGAGAAAGCAUGUAAGGAGGAGGCUGAACUUAACAUUGCAAAAGCUGAGCCAGAGGUUGACAUUCUUACAAGGGGAGGUGUAUACCAAAUGGAUGCUCAGAUACAUGUGGAAAAACCCAAGGAAUUGCCUGCCACUUUGGGAAUGGAGAAAGUUUAUAAGAUGGAUAGCGAGGGGGAUACUGGCAAGCCUGAGGUGAUGCCCGCUAUGUCAGAAAUGAAAACUAUCCAUCAAAAGGAUGCAGAGGGAGAUAUUGUCAAGACUGAGGUGACCCCUGUUUCAGUGGAGAUGGGAAAUACUUACCAGAAGCACGCUGAAGGGGAUGUGGGGAAGACAGGGGUCACAUCUGUUAUGUCAGAAGUGCAAAAUAUCUGCCAAACAGAUGGUGAGGGGAUCACUUCAGAAGCUGAGGUGGUGGCAGCCGUGACGUUAGGAACGGAAGACACUUACCACGAGGAUGAGGAAAGCGAUGUUGCAAAGACUGACGUGAUGCAUGUCGAAUUAGAAAUGGAAGAUAUUUACCCAAAGGACUCUGAAGGAGAUGCUGACAAAACUGAAUGGAUACCUGUUAGGUUAGAAGUGGUAAAUGUUUAUCAGAAAGACACUGACGGGGUUAGUGGGAGGGGAGAGAGACCAGUGUCGGAAAUGGAAAGUACUUACCGGAAGGAUGCUGAAGAUGUCCUGAGAAAUGCUGCAGCAGUCCCAUUUGUGUUAGACAUGAAAGGGACAUGCCACAAGACAGUCCAUUCUUCCUUGGGGAUUUUGGAAAACAGAGUCCAGAGAGAUACCGAACCAUCAAAUGGAACAACCGCGUCCAUGCCUUCUGAGAUGGAAAUGGAAGUAACAGCUCCGGAAAAUUCUAGAGGCAGCAUUGAGAGCCCCGACGUGUUACCCACAGAGGUAGCCAUCAAGAGAACAGAUGGGACACCACCAGAGGUGACCAUUUCGCAAGUGGACGCCAUGUGUCCUUUCUUUCAAAGUGAAACGGGUACUCCUCCAGAGUACAUGGAGAAAAGUGCUGAAGAAACCGAAGAGCAGUCUGGUGAGGUAAAGGAAGGACUGGUACUGCACACUGACAGAGUCGCUUCACAUUUCAGGGGCUAUGAGUCUCCCACGUUAAGUAAGGAUUAUGAGGGCUACCCAGCCUUGGCAAUGCCAGAUUUUCAAGAGGAGGACGCCGCGGCGGUGAGGCUCCACCAGAUCGUGUCUGUUACUGCAGUCUACGAUCAGAGGAGAGAUCGGGAUUACAUGGAUGAGGAAGGAGAGUCGAACUUAGCCUUUAUUUCUCAGGAUGAACAAGACAAUUCCUCCUUUACCAUCUUGUAUGAGGAGCCCCUCCAGGAGGAGGACAAGUAUGCUCCUACAGAACUAAGAGGAACACAGUCUGUCUUAUUUCCCGACACCUCCUCUAACAGCAUGCCUGGCCUAGCAUGUGAAAGGUCGGAGAGCAGAACUGACCUGGUCCAUCAUUUUGAAAAAGAAGGUAAACCGGGUGAGGCAUUUGAUGGAGACAGUUCGGAAGUGUUCUUGUCAGUGGAAGCCAAAAGGUACAAAAUUUAUCCCUUAGCCCUGAGUCCCAUUUACGAGGAUGACAGCUCCCAGGAGGACGUUCUCUCCAGCGAGGUCUCGCCUGGUCACCACGGCUCCACGAAAUCCAGGGAGAGUGCAAACCAGCCCUCGUCCGUCCUGUCCCUCCUACAGUCGGUGUCAGAGCGCUUACAGAGAAAUUUUGAUGGAGAUGACAGACAGGUGGCGGGGGAGGAGGAGGAGGAGGAGGAGGAGGAGGAGGAGGAGGAGGAGGAGGAGGAAGAAGCAGCUUCAAGUAAAGGUUUGAGAGCGGAAAGGAGGGAGCGUGUCACCUUCCAUUUGGCAGAUCCUUCCAUCGCUUUUUACCCUGACGACCCGGAAAGCGCUGGAAUCUCCAAGUCCGAUGUGGAGUCCAGGGAACCAACUGCCUCCAAUCUGCAGCUUGGCCUGUGGCCAGAAAAGGUGUCACUGCUACAGAAGUCAGACCUGACUUCCAAGUUGCACUCCUCUCUGAAGAGUGCCUAUCAUCAGUACUUGCAGACCUCUAGGACUCAUUCCUCAGAAACAGGAACCCGAUUCGGUGGCGGCUCUCAGGAACCGGUGUCCAAAUACUUCCGUGUCCAAGACCAUGCAGGCAGACUGAGUCCGUAUAGAGAGAAUGUUGACACAAAAACUCUGAGGUGUAAUCCAAGGCCUGGGAAGAUGAUUAUCUAUGAUCUCCAUGGAAGUAAAUAUAAACAAGAGGUCUACUGUAAUGUUCCCGAUGCUACCACGUGGUCUUUCCCGAACGGGGCACUGAUAAAAGUUGUAAGAGGCUGCUGGAUUCUCUAUGAGAAGCCCUAUUUCCAGGGUCAGAAGUGUGUGUUGGAAGAAGGGGAAAAGGUGUUAAAUCGGGACUGGCUUCUCCAGAACAAGAAGCACCCAGAAAGAAACUUGGUGCUGGGCUCUAUCAAACGCGUCUUAAAGGAUUGCAGCAUUCCGGAGAUAGAGCUGUGCCCACAGUCUGACCCUGGGUGCUACCCUAUCUACAUACAUCGAGCCGUGCCCAAUCUGGAAGAGCUGAGCAUCCCCAAGUCUACGUCCUUCACCGUGAAGUCAGGCGUUUGGCUGGCCUACCCAGAUAUUAAUUUUAAGGGGCAAGCUACAAUUUUGGAGGAAGACCAGGGCCUCUUUGAGAUUUCUGCAGCAGAAAUGAAAUCACUGCAUCCUCUUCAAAUGGGCGGACUGAAAGUGGAGAUGCCUAUGAACUUAAAGGUCAUCCUCUAUGAAAAACCUUACUUCUAUGGACAUACCAAAGAAUUUAGUGAGCAUAUAGAUUCUGUCCCUAAGUUUUUAAAGAGUGAUAAGGACUUCCAUGGCAUUGGAUCAAUUCGUGUCAUUGGUGGAGUGUGGGUUGCCUAUGAAAAGGAGCAUUUCAAAGGCCAGCAAUUCCUGCUUGAAGAAGGAGACUUUGAAGACAGCAGUGCUUGUGGAGCGUUAAGUGGCCCCAUCAUGUCCUUCCGGUACCUGCAAGCCAACUUUAUAGAAUCUUCUAUCACACUGUUUGAGUCUGACCUAGAAAGUGGGAAGUUCAUUGACAUUACAAAUCAGGAAAUUUCUGACUUAGAAGAAAUCGGCUUUGGCAGUGAAACAAGAUCCAUUCACGUGAAGAGUGGAGUAUGGGUUGCCUACCACCAGAAGUUCUUCUGUGGAGAUCAGUACAUUUUAGAGAAAGGAAAAUACAAAUGCUUUUUUGACUGGGGAGGAUCCAGUAAUACAAUCUUGUCAAUCCGGCCAAUCCAGCUGGAACCACUUGGGAUAAAUGAGCCUCCACAUUUGCUCAAAGCGUUCAGUAAAGCAGGCUUCCAAGGCGAGUGCAUAGACUUUAUAAAAGAAUGUGCUGACCUGACCUCCUUCUCGCCAUCCUCCUUCAAGGUUCUCCGUGGCUGCUGGCUCCUGUACUACCAAGAAGAUGUUUUCUAUCAUCAGUGUGUAUUGGAAGAAGGCCUCUACGUUGACCUUACUUCCUGUGGCUGCCCAUCGGCUAGAGUCAGAGCUCUCAAGCCCAUUGACUAUGUUUUUGAAGAACCUUCUGUCAGCCUUUUUGCCCUGGAACACUGUGAGGGACGAGAGUUACAUCUUGAAGAUGCUGUGAAUUCUGUUUUGAACAAGGACCUACACUUCUACACCCAGUCUGUGUGGAUAAAGAGUGGACUAUGGAUAGCUUAUGAAGGAUCCAAUUUCUUGGGAAGGCAAAUCCUCCUUGUGCCUAAUGAGAUCCCAAACUGGACAGCAUUCAGUGGGUGGAAAACGAUUGGUUCCAUCCGCCCUAUGAAGCAGCCUGCAGUGUACAUCAGAAUAAGGAACCGAGCCCAGGAUGAGUAUUUGACAGUCACUGGGAACCUAGCUGAUGCACGGACAAUGUCUGUGUGCAUCGCUCCCUACAGUGGGAAGGACACUCAGAUCUGGCACUACUGUCGAGGACUCUUUAAAUCCAAGGCCAGUGAUACAUGUCUUGAUGUGAUUGGUGGUCGGGACACACCUGGAGCCAAGGUAGCCUUGUGGACUGAACAUGGGCAGUUCAGGCAGAAGUGGAGACUGAACAGAAAUGGAACUAUCAGCUCAUAUCUCAGUGAUGAACUUGUCCUGGAUGUUAAAGGAGGAAACUAUUAUGACAAGACUCAUGUUAUUGUAAAUCAGCCUCUGGAGGGAGAAGAAACACAGAAAUGGGACAUUGAAAUCUUGUGAGAAUCACAAAGACGAUCUCCACCAACUUAUUGCCCUGUGUGCAUGGGAAGGAAGCUGCAGUGUUUCCACACUGCUCACAGAAAGAACUUUCUCCCAAGCAGUAAAGUUACUGCUCCAUGGAAAAGCAAAAAGUAUUCUCACCGGUUAUGCAGUGUCCUUGUGAAGAAAAUGUAAUGAUUUCUUUUACUGAUGGA